AUCUCAAUUGAAAUUCAAAAGCAAAAAAAUCGUAAAAAUUCGUGAAUUUUAUUUUUCACAAUUAAAUUUGCAAAAGAUUUAAAUGGAUCGGAAUGCCGAUGAUUUUUCGAUGUCGCGGGGCUCGGAGCAGCGCCUGAGAAGCCCCAAAUGCGCGAGAUGCCGAAAUCACGGGAUAAUUUCGGGAUUGAAAGGACAUAAGCGGUCGUGUGCGUGGAAGGACUGUCGUUGUGCGUGUUGUCUUCUUGUUGUGGAGAGGCAGAGGGUGAUGGCAGCUCAGGUGGCCCUGCGGAGGCAGCAGCAGGCGCAAGGAGCAAUCGGAUGUGAUGGGAUGGGGCAGGACGAGGCUUAUCAGCGGCCGGAGGUGUCCACUUCACCGGAGAGCUCCGCCGCUUAUCAGAGGAGAUUGAGAAACUUUCAGAGGCAUCAUCAGCUCCAGGUGACACAGACCAGGAUCAGUGUCACACAGAAUUUUCAGAGCCUGGGGAGUCCCCAUAUCUCGACUCCUCUCAUUCCAAAUGGACACCUACUUGGCCUAUCGUGUGUCGAGAGUGAGGAAAAAAAAACUCCGAGUGCCACCGUUGAUCUUCAAACGUUCUAUCCAUCCUACGUUACUCAUCCCGCCUUACCCUGGAUCAACUAUUUUCCAGAGACCAAUGCGGAAUUUAAUAGUUCAGGUUUUCGCUCUCCUGAUCAUUUUGAUGAACAUUCGGAUAGUCAUUCCGAUGAUAACACGAAAAAACCGAGGAUUUCCUUCAGCGUUGAGUCAAUAAUUGGUACAAAAUGA